AUGGCGGGGGAUGACAUUCAGCAAUCGUCUACGUCUGCAGGACCGCAGUUACAAAUACAGCCAUUUACACCAGGAGUAUCGACAUGGAGUCGAUGGGUACAGCGCCUGGAAGGUGCCUUUUCGAUUAUGAAAAUACAAGAAACGGAAAAGGUGCCUAAUAUUUUACACUACAUUGGGGAAGCAGCUUACAACAAACUCUGCGAUACAUACGGAAGCGAUGACCCCUACACGAAAACAUACGUUGAAAUAAAGAAUAAAUUGAAGGAAUUGUAUGAGCCAGUAGCAUUAGAGAUAGCAGAGGUGUUCAAAUUUAAUUGUCGAAGACAGCAGCCUGGAGAAAGUGUGCAGGAAUACGUUAGCGCUUUAAAUCGAUUAAGUGCUACGUGUAAUUUCGGCACAUUCAAAGACACGGCGUUACGCAAUCAGUUUGUCUUUGGGAUAUCUAGUAAGCGCGUACAAAGUCGUUUACUGGAAACAAAAAAUCUCACGUACACAAAAGCCUUGCAAAUAGCCGUGGCUAUGGAAGUGUCGGAACGUGAAGCAAAUACGUUACAUCAACAAGCUACGCUGGUAGACUAUAUACACGCAGGAAAAGAUAAAAGGAAGAAGGUAAACAAUAAGCCCAAAGCAUUGGAUGGGCGUAAUUUUGAUAGAACGGGACCAAAGAAAAACAAUCAUCAUGGUACAAACGUUCGUUGUUUUCGAUGUGGGGAGCCGCAUUUUGCAAAUGAUUGUAAUAUUAAAGAAACAAUCAGGCGUAAUUUUUGUAGAAAAAAAGGACAUAUAGAAAGAGUUUGUUUUAUUAAGAAAAACAGUACAGUGCAUGAGUUAGAAGAAGAUACUGGAACCGAAGAAGAAGAAGAAGAAGAAGAGGGAGCAGAAGCUCAGGUGUACAACAUUUUUAUGCUGGAAAACCACUCACCGGAAGAGCACGCAUUCGAUAGAGAAAAAUUCCUUACUACAUUGGAGGUAAGCGGAAGAUCGGUGCGUUUCGAGGUCGAUAGCAGAGCAGCAGUUACUAUAAUGUGGUCUGAACAAGCAAAAAGUAUUUUUAGAGACUUUAAGUUAAAUCCUUCGAAAUUAUGCCUAGUCGCUUAUUGUAAAACUCAAGUAAAAGUGCUGGGUUUUAUCACCGUGAAUGUGUUGUAUGAAGGACACAAACUAUCACGCGAUAUAACUUGGAAUAUUGAUCCAAGAGAAUUUGGUGUAGAGUAUGGUAUGCUGGUGCGCGGCUACAGGAUUGUUAUCCCCGUAGAAUUACGCGAACGUGUUUUAAACGAGUUGCAUGUUGGGCAUUUUAGUGUCAUGAAGAUGAAAGGACUUGCGCGCGAUUUUGUAUGGUGGCCAGGUCUUGAUAAAGAAAUUGAAAACAUGACAAAAACGUGUCUAAAAUACCAAUUGCACAGCAACAACGACAAAAAAGUAGACACGGAUAUGUGGCAGCCACCAGAUUUUCCGUUCCAAAGAGUGCAUAUUGACUUCGCAGGGCCGUAUUUGAAUAAUAAUUUUUACAUCCUUGUGGAUGCCUUUACUAAAUGGCCGGAGGUGCGUGUUGUCAAAAAUAUGUUAACUGAACCAACUGUCCAAAUUUGUAGGGAGAUUUUUUCUUGCUUCGGAAUUCCGCAAGUCCUAGUAUCGGAUAAUGGCCGAACUUUCGUGUCCGAGGUUUUUGAACGUUUUAUUAAGGAGAAUGGAAUAGUGCAUAGAUUGACAGCACCGUACCAUCCGGCAAGUAAUGGUCAAGCAGAGCGCUACGUGCAAACAAUUAAAAAGGCACUGGCAAAGAUUGAGACCAGCGUGAGUUUAAGUUCAGAAUUACAAAACAUCCUAGCGCAUUAUAGGGCAAUGCCGCACGCUCAAACAGGUAUGUCUCCUGCAGAAUUAAUGUUUGGUAGGAAACCUAGAUUGGGAGAGACAGUAAUCGCGCGUGAUUAUCAAUAUAAAAGCAAAUGGCAACAUGGUACAAUUGUUAAACGCGUCGGACACUUACACUAUGUGGUACGGCUUGAGAGUGGAAAAGAGUGGAACAGGCAUGUCGAUCAGUUGCGCGCGGCGCCUCAAAGAAAAGGAAAGAAAACGGAACUUGACAAUUAUUUUGUGUCCACGGACGAAAUGAUACAGGUGUUUCCUCCUACGAGAGAUAACUCUCCACCGCGUCUAGAAACGGCGGUCGGGGCCGUGGCAGAAGAUCUUUAG